UCCUCAGCCGAGCGCCGAGCGGUCGAUCGCCCUCGCUCCCGCAGUCUGCGCUCCGCUCGCUGGUGGCUCCACCCGCCAUUAUAAACAAGUAAUCCGUUAUGGAGUAUGCUAUUACCCCGCUGGAACCCCUGCUUCCCACUGGGAGUUUGAAAUACUGCCUUGUGAUUCUGAAUCAGCCUUUGGACAAAUGUUUUCGUCAUCUUUGGUGCAAAGCUCUUUUAAGAGCCUGUGCUGAUGGAGGUGCCAACCGCUUAUAUGACGUCACGGAAGGAGAGAGGGAAAGCUUUCUGCCUGAAUUCAUCAGUGGAGACUUUGAUUCUAUUAGGCCUGAAGUUAGAGAAUACUACGCUAUUAAGGGAUGUGAAAUUAUUUCAACUCCUGAUCAAUACCAUACUGACUUUACCAAGUGCCUUGAAGUGCUCCGAAAUAAGAUAGAAGAAAAAGGCCUACAGGUAGAUAUGAUUGUGACCUUGGGAGGACUUGCUGGGCGUUUUGACCAGAUUAUGGCGUCAGUGAGCACUUUGUUCCAAGCGACUCAAAUCACUCCUUUGCCAAUUAUAAUAAUCCAAGAGGAAUCUCUCAUCUACCUGCUCCAGCCGGGAAAGCACAAAUUGCAUGUAGAUACCGGAAUGGAAGGUGAUUGGUGUGGCCUUAUUCCUGUUGGACAGCCAUGCGAUCAGGUUACGACAACAGGCCUAAAGUGGAACGUCACAAAUCAUAGGAUUAGUUUUGGAACACUGGUCAGCACUUCCAAUACCUACGAUGGAUCUGGUGUUGUGACUGUGGAAACAGACCGUCCCCUCCUCUGGACCAUGGCCAUCAAAAACACCCAUGACUGACCUCCGCAGCCGUGCCUCUGACCUCAUUUGCCAACACCUUCAUGCUCCACAAGAACAGUUCACCUGGUUGGCAGGAAUCUAAACCUGUCCCUGAGAAGCCUGCUAGUUUUAAAUAUGUUAAUGUUCAGAUCAUCCAGGUAACAUUAUGAAUGACAGAUCUCAAUUUUACAGUGAGGGGGGUAAAUCAUUAUUUCUUAAGCAAGUAAAUUACAUUCAGUUGGAAAACUAAUGUGUAUUAAUCCACUCUGAAAUUCAGGACUGAUCAUUCUUAUGUUAUUAAUCAUUCCAUGUAUCCUAGGAAACUGUUUUUAAGUUUGAAGCUGAGAAGGCUCUGUUGAGGCUCCGUGGUGUCCCGCACAUAAACCUACUCCUGUUCAUCCUUAAUUGCUUAACACCAAAGGCUACUUCUGUCUAAUAGUAUUAGCUCUCUCUGUAUUACAUGUAUUCCCUUUCACUGAAAAAAUAAUUCCUUCUAGCUUGGGAUGCUAGAACUGCACCAUUUUAUUCUGGCCUUGAUGGGUUUUGGUAUUAUCUUUUCAUAAUAAAUUUAGAAAAUCAUUGGCCUGAUUAUUAAAAUUUAAAACAGGUAGAACCUGCCCAGCAGCUUUACAUAGCGCAAACCGGGUGUUGCCCUAAGGAAAGGGACCAGCAGCUCUCUUCUUUCUGGUGCUACAACAGAGUGGCGGUUGCAUUGUAAGUGGAGAGUGAACGUGGGAUCAGGUGAAGUAGCAUGCAGCUGUGCACAGUCAGUCAUUAGAGAGAACUGUUCAUAAUUUACGCAAAUAUAUGUGACAUUGAAUCCAGAUGUCAAAUAAAAAUAUUUAGUUA